CGCAAAUUCGAGUUUAGGAAAAUAUUCGGGGAAUCGAUCUAAUAAAAAAUAAUCCAAGCUCGACAAAAUUAACUCUAAAAUCGAGUAGAUUGUGGCUCGAUUAACAUCAAGUGCAAAAUCUAUAUUUAUAAAAUGAAGAAUUAAUUUUCUACACGAAAACAUUGACUCAACCUAAUUUUUGAGAGAGAGAGAGAGAGAGAGAGAGUGAUAUGCAUCAGCAAUGGGAGGCUUUACCGAGCUUGGCUCUUGCACACAUCUUUAGCAAACUCUCUAUCACGGACCGAUCGCGCACCAUUCCUUUCGUCUGCAGAUCAUGGGCCCGCGCCGCCCGCCAUCCGCCAUGCUGGGUUUCCAUGAUCGCCGAAACUCACUCUCCGCCGCCGCAUUCCGCCGCCGAUCACGCUUUCGUGAUGCACUCCCGCCCCGACGCCCUAAUUUUUGUUGACCCUUUUGAUGGCAGGAGAAGCCCAGAUCCCCGCCGCGGCGUUGCCAGUUUCCAAGCCUUGAUCCGACGAGCUGGCGCCGCCGUUGCCGCCGUCAUUUCUGUCUACUUCUUCCCGUUCCUCACCGCCGGCGGCGGCCCUCCGAAUGAUGACGCGAUUCUUCGCGUUAUCGCCCAAUGCUGCCCCAACUUGGAGCACCUUUCCUUCCACGGAUCCUACAAUGCUUCUCAAGAAGCAAUAUUUGAAGUCAUCCAUAGGUGCAACAAACUCGAGCUCGUGGAUUUCUCGGACUCGCCCUAUUUCGAGCCUGUGAUCUUGCAAGAACUGAGCAACUGCUGCCCUAGAAUCAGAGGGAUUAGAAGAAAUGGAGGGUUGGAGCCAUUGUUCUCGUGUCAACUUAGUGUUGGAUUCCCUCUCUUGAGCAUGCUAAAUGUGUCGAAUUCGACACUGGUUGAUAAAGAUCUGCUCAAAAUCGUUGAUGGCUGCAAGAAGCUGUGCUAUCUGGAUGUUAGAGGGUGCCAAUUCUUGAUUUUUUACAUGCACAUCAUAAAGGUGGCUUCUGCAAGAAUAGCUACCAUUAUGUAUGAUUGAGGUUUUGCUAUGUUCUUGAUUGAGCUUCAUUUUUGAGCUAUGAUAUCUGAUUUUUGUGA